AUGGCUAGCGCUACUGAGGAAGAUGGUGUUGUCCCUCAGGUUUUUUCUGUGGAGAAACAUGAAACUGAGAUCAAGUUAAAUGAAGAUGAAGAAUUUGAUGAUAACCCGAUUGAGGAAGUUCGGCUGACAGUUUCAAUAACUGAUGAUCCCACAGAGCCAGUUUUAACUUUUAGAACGUGGGUUCUGGGGAUAGCAUCAUGCUGCAUUCUUGCCUUCUUGAACCGAUUUUUCGGGUUCCGCCAAAACCAGUUGAAUAUUGGUUCAGUUUCAGCACAAAUUGUUGUGCUCCCUGUAGGAAAACUGAUGGCUGCAACUCUCCCGAAAACGCCUAUUCGAAUCCCGCUCACACCAUGGUCGUUUUCUUUGAAUCCGGGGCCAUUCACCUUGAAAGAACAUGUAUUGAUCACUAUAUUUGCUAGCUGUGGAUCCGGUGGAGUUUAUGCUGUCCAUAUCAUCACCAUUGUCAAGGCUUUCUACCACAAAAAUCUGCAUCCAGUUGCCGCCUUGUUGCUUGCACAGACUACUCAGUUGCUUGGAUAUGGCUGGGCUGGUUUAUUCAGAAAAUACCUUGUUGAUUCCCCCUACAUGUGGUGGCCAGCGAACCUGGUCCAAGUCUCUCUCUGCCGGGCGUUACAUGACAAAGAUAAGAGACCAAAAGGGGGACUUAGCAGGUUACAAUUCUUUUUCUUGGUUUUUUCAUCAAGCUUUGCUUAUUAUGUCUUUCCAGGAUACAUUUUCCCUUCCCUUUCAGCUCUCUCAUUUGUGUGUUGGAUUUGGAAGGAUUCAAUCACAGCUAAUCAGCUCGGUGCUGGCCUCAAUGGCCUAGGCAUCGGCUCUUUUGGCCUCGACUGGUCUACUGUUGCUGGCUUCCUGGGAAGUCCUCUGGCCACACCCUUGUUUGCCAUAAUAAAUGUGUUGGUUGGAUUUGCCUUGGUUCUAUAUGUAAUAGUUCCUAUUUCAUACUGGAUGAACGCUUAUGAAGCAAAGAGGUUUCCGAUCUUCUCUUCCAAUACUUUUGAUCAUCUUGGUCAAACUUACAAUAUUUCUCGAAUCCUCAACCCAAAAACCUUUGAUAUUGAUCUAUCUUCCUACAAUAGUUAUAGCAAACUAUACCUAUCUCCCUUUUUUGCCUUAAUGUAUGGCAUCAGCUUUGCAACUUUGACCGCUACCAUUUCACAUGUUGCUCUCUUUGAUGGAUCGGACAUUUGGCGAAUGUGGAAAAUGACAACGGGUGCAGUACGCGAUAAGUUUAACGAUGUCCACACAAGAAUUAUGAAGAAGAACUAUGCAGCAGUUCCUCAAUGGUGGUUCCACAUCAUUUUGAUUUUAACAGUGGCUCUUUCCAUAUUUGCCUGUGAAGGUUUUGAUGCACAACUUCAACUUCCAUGGUGGGGACUUCUACUAGCUUGUGCCAUUGCACUGUUUUUUACCUUACCUAUUGGGAUAAUUCAAGCCACUACAAACCAGCAACCAGGGCUGAAUGUGAUAACAGAGUUGAUUAUUGGAUACAUGUAUCCUGGGAGGCCUCUUGCAAAUGUUACUUUCAAGACAUAUGGCUAUAUCAGUAUGUCUCAAGCCCUUAGUUUUCUUGGAGACUUCAAAUUAGGCCACUACAUGAAAAUCCCUCCAAGAUCUAUGUUCAUUGUUCAGCUAACCGGAACAAUAGUUUCUUCAACUGUCUACUUUGCCACAGCUUGGUGGCUUCUCGUAAAGGUUGAUCACAUAUGUGAUACAACUGUUCUUCCAGCUUCGAGUCCGUGGACAUGUCCUGGUGAUGAUGUUUUCUACAGUGCUUCAAUCAUAUGGGGUAUUGUUGGCCCUGGAAAAAUGUUCACAAACCAAGGAGUGUACCCUGAGAUGAAUUGGUUCUUUCUGAUUGGACUUCUAGCCCCAGUUCCUGUCUGGUACUUUUCGCGAAAAUUCCCCGAGAAAAAAUGGAUCAAGCUGAUUAACUUUCCAAUCAUCUUUGGAGGCACAGGAUACAUGCCACCAGCUAGAGCUGUGCACUAUCUGAGUUGGGGAGCAGUUGGAAUCUUCUUUAACUAUUAUCUCUUCAGAAGGCACAAGCGUUGGUGGGCUAGGCACACUUAUAUUUUAUCUGGAGCCAUGGAUGCUGGAGUUGCUUUCAUGGGAGUGUUCUUGUAUUUCGCGGUACAAUCUUCAGGAAAAUCCGGUCCAGAUUGGUGGGGUGCUCCCAGCAAUGACCAUUGUCCAUUGGCGAAGUGCCCCACAGCGGCAGGAAUCGAAGUCAAAGGAUGCCCUUUGCUUCAUUGA